UUUGCCGAAGCGCCACGAAAUCUCGGUGACCAACGGUAUUCAACUUCCUUGUGUAUGAUGUCAAAGUUUAAGAAUUGCAAUACUUAUACGAUUAAUGUGUUUCCGCCCGCUACAAUAUUGCACGUAUUGUAAAAGGCAACAUUUAUUUUUUAACAGCAAUGCGACCUUUUGAUAGGACUUUGAUUAAGAGCAAUAUUUCGAACUGUGUAAUUGAUGAAUCGUUUUUAACAUGAAAUAUUGGGUUGAACCUUUGCUCUCUUUGUUGUGACCAUUUUUGUUCCACUUUUUGACUUUCCGUUUCUCGUAUUCAUACUUUUUUGUCCAUUUCUCGUACUCGUUGGGAUCCAACUCGUUGAAACAGGUGGACAUAUGAUAAAAAAGGACAAUGGCUUCUGUUGAUGUUCAUUUAAUUGUCAACACUCUGUUAUAUUUCUUCAUUUUUGCUUGUGGAUUUGCAAUUUCCAUACCAAUAGGAAUCAGUCAAAAUGAGUUCAAAGAAUGUCUUCUCUAUGGAAAACUAGAGCCCUAUAAUAUAUCAACGUUUUAUUUGAGUUCCGGUACCAAGACAAACUGUGAUUUUCCAUUGUAUUUUGGUGUCUUUGUCUGUAUUGUCUACGCCUUUGGAAAGGGAGUUUCCAAUUUAUAUGUCAUUUACAAAUCGCAAAAAGAUCCAUCUAUAACGUCCAAGAUGUGGGUUAAACCAUUCAUUUUAAUCAACUCCUUGGUAACCAUUGUCAUGAUUUCCUCUUCCUGUAUCAUUAGUGUUGGAUUCAGUGAAUUCUGUGCCACCCUUACCCAGGAUAAACCUUACCAGUACUAUAAAAGUUGCAAGUACGCCCCCAUGAGGAGAAAUGGUAUAAUUGUUUUCCAACUGGGACAUUUUUACACCCAAAUGGAAGUUACACAGAAAGCCUCGUGGAUUUGCACUCUUGGGUGGUCGGCUUUGGUGAUUUCUGGAAUUGUCCGGUUUAAACUCAAUCGACGUAUGAAAACCCGAAGCAGUGCUGCAUCCCCAAAGAUGAUCAGCAUAAACAACAUUGAGCAGGCAGCUUAAGCAGACACAUCGACCGUCAAUGAUAUUAUCCCUAGCAUCUAAACAAAAUUUUAUUAGAUAAUAUGAUAAUAAAACUUAUCUCAUUACAGUGAAUGAUGUGCCUAUAAUAAGAAAUGUGUUGACAUCAGCUGCCUGUGCUAUUGUGUACAUAUUCCUAUUUAGUAGUUACAUGCAUUUGGUUUUAUUAGGAGCUUCUAAUAGUAAUUAAUUUAAAUUUGUUACAAACAACUCACGUUGUUAUUUCAAGACACAUGUAAAUGACUUUAUUGUGACUUAUUGAAACAUUAAACAGAAAAUUUACUUUUUUUUAUUCUGCCCACUCAUUUUCAUAGAGUUAAUUAUAUUGGUGAAGGCAUAUUUUAGGUUUAAAUGUUCAGUGAAAACUUAAAUGUAUUAAAUUGUUAUAUUUUUGUAUAGAUAGAUAUAAACGCAGGUAGUUCAAAAACUUAACCGUGAAUUUGUUAAUUUGACCUGAUGCAUGCAGUACACUUUCUGAGUGAAUCAUUAGCAUACUUAGAAGAAGUACUUUUCAUAAUUCAAAAAUACUAGUAAAAAUGUUACGGUUUGAAAUUUAAGUUUCAUAUUUGGAAAUCUCUGUGUGCUUAUGUUUGUGGUGGUACUUCAAUUUUCUCUAAGGUUUAGAAAAAUGAUGUUUUCUUUAAAAAAUUUUGAGCGGUGAACUUUGUAACAUGAAUUCCAUAAUAUAUUAAUAUCGUAAAUACAUAUGUAGUUUAAUUCAAGGCAUGGUGACAUUAAUUAUUGUAUUAUCAAAGAGUAUGUGGAGGUAAAUUAGAUUUUGAACAUUUAUUAACUUUUAAAUGAUCAAGAAAAGCAGAUGUUUGCCUGUUAGUAUACAAAAAGUAAACUUACAGGUUGGUUUUUAGCUCACCUGAGCUGAAAGCUCAAGUGGAAUUUUCUUAUCACUUUUUGUCCGGCGUCCAUUUGUCCGUCUGUCUGUCUGUAAACUUUUUACAUUUCCGACUUCUUUUCCAGAAUCUCUGGGCCAAUUUCAACCAAACUUGGCACAAAGCAUCACUAAGUAAAGGGAAUCAAAAUUUGUUAAAAUGAAGGACAGCGCCUCAUUUUCAAAGGGAAAUAAUUAAAAAUUAUUGAAAAUUUUUUGGUAUUUUUAAAAAAAAAACUUCAAAACAGAAAUCGACCAGAAAAGCUUAAACUUGUGUGGAAUCAUCGUCAGGAAGUGUAGAUUCCAGUUUUUACAGAUCAUGACCCCCGGGAGUAGGAUGGUACCACGUUUAGGGUCGAAUUUUUAUAUAUGAAUCUCUAGAGUAGAUAUUUAAAAAUCUUCUUCUCAAAGACCAUUUGACUAGAAAAGUUCAAACUUGUUUGGAAGCAACCUCAGAUAAUGUAUAUUCAAGUUUGUUUAAAUUAUGAUCCCAUGGAUUGGGGUAGGGCCAAUAUGGAGGCUCAAAUUUUUCGAGAUUCGAGUUUAUUCUAAUCAUUAUUUGGUGGUAGGGUGGCCCAACAUUGGAGGGAGGGGUCAAAUAUUUACAUAGGUAUAUAUACAGAAAAUCUUUUAAUUUUUUUUCUCAAAAAACAUUUGACAAGAAAAUCUGAAACUUGUGAGGAAGCAUCCUCAGGUAGGGUAAGGUAGAUUCAAGGGUGAACAAUUCAUGAUCCUCGGGGGUAGAGUGUUGCCAACAUGGGGGUUGAACUUUUACAUACGGAUAUAUAUAUAGAGAAAACGUUUAAAAAUCUUCUUCUCAAAAAACCAUUUUACCAGAAAAGCUGUUACUUAAGUAAAAGCAACCUAAGUAAGUGUAGAUUCAAAUUUAUUAAAAUCGUAAUCUUCAGGAGUAGGAUUGGAGGUCCAUUGUUAAUUCUUCAAAAUUGUUUAGACUUUGGCCCCUGAACAAUCCUUGGGCCUCACAAGGGGUUCAGAGUUUGAUGUGAGUUUAUAAAUAGCCCAUAUAUGAUCAGUUGUUUAAGAUUUUCUUAAAAACUGCAAUGCCCAUUGUUCAACAUGUGAUAUAAAUUAUAUAAUAUCAUCCUAUGACAAAAGGGGCUCAAUAUUAAACAUGAGGAUACUUGUAUCCAGGGAAAAACUGCACUUUUUUCAUACCGAAUUUAAUAAAUUAGAAUAUACAAAAUUACAAUACAGAUAUUUUUUUAUAUAUGUGACUCAUAAAGCUGAUUUUAUUACGUCUAUUGUUGAUUAGGUGAGCGAUGUGGCCCAUGUGACUCUUGUUUAUCCAACUAUAUUUACAUUCUACUUUGAUUUUUCAUUAAAUUCUGUGAUCUUUAAAUGCCUCUAAAUGCAACAACUAAUCACUGCGUACGAAUUUAUAUAUAAUUUACAUAUUAAGUAGCUUUUAUGGAUUGUAUACAAACAGUGAUUUCUAUGUUAUCGGUUAAAAAAUAUAUUUCAUACAGGUUGUCAAAACACCAUUUUUUACAAUUAUUCAACAAAAAAAGUUGAUUUUAUUGUUAUAAGCAAAAUUUCAACAGUUAAUUUUUAUGGAUUGUAUUUUCAUGCUUACGAUCCCAACUCAACAGUCGAAGUAUAUAAUUGAUCAGCGAGGGAAUGUAAAUAUAAGCAUAAAAGUGACCUAGACACGAUUUCAGAUGAAAAAUUUAUUUUUGAUUUCUAUGUAUAAGAUAGUUUAUUAUAUAAAAAUUGUUCAUUUUCUUCUUUAAAACCUUCUGCCACAAAAUAUAGUUCCUUAAUAAACUCUGUAAAAUAUAAUUUCUUCAAAACAAUUUUAUUCAAUAUAGUUUAUUUGGCAAUGUAAAAUAUAAAUAUACUACUAGAAUUAAUAUGUGAUGCAGUAUUUUUGAUGCAGAAAAUGGCUACCCAAAACCUAAGAAGCGAACCUCUUUAAAUGAUUUAUUUUUGACUUCGUCGUAUCAAUAACUGCCGUCAACUGAGCAGUCAAAAAAACCAUUACGCGCUAACGUGCGUUAUUCAAUUUGCCUGCUUACCUGACGGCAGUUAUUUAUUUAUUUUUUUAUUAAAUGUGUAGACUUAAAAUCGGGAAAUGCAGAAAAUAACUAAAUUGAUCUUAAGGUAUUCCACACCUCAAUGUUCUUGUAUCAGAAUUUCUUGCAAACUAUAUCAUUGAAAUCUGUAGACAAACAUACUUUAAAAAUACAAAGAUAAUGGGUGGUCAGUGUUCAUCCCUCUUAGUCAUUGCAAAUUUAAAUUGACCUUUUUGCACCUAAAAUGCAAUUUCAGUAUUUUUGAUUAAGCAAACUUAUUUUUUCAAAUAUUGUUUUUUUAUGCACAUUGGUCACACUGAAUAGAGGGAUUAUGGAAAAAUUUUGUACCUUAAUUUUUUGUGACCUUUUUGCAUUAAAAUGGACAAUUUCUGUAAUAGUUACAAUUUGAUUUGAAAUAAAAAAAAAUUUGAAUAUCAAGAAUUUUAUAAGGUUAAUCCAAUUUGCCUAGAUAUGUAUUCAGUAUUAUUUUGACAUAAUAAAACAGAAAAUUAAAGAUAUAUGGCUUCAAAGGUAAUUCCCGCAAAAUUUGGCUAUCACUCUCUUAACAUAUACUUUUGUAUAUGUCACGCAGAACCUAUAGAAUAUGUUUCAAACCUAUCACAUGUUAAAAAUUUUAAUAAUGAAAAAAGUAUGAUAACAAGAAAAGUACAUUGAAAAUUAAUAAUAUUGCUUUUUUCUGUCAUUUUCGUCUAAAAAACUUCUGCAUGAAAAAAUAGUUUCCUUGAAAUUCUUGAAUUAAUUCUUGAAUUCAAAUGAAUUUUUUCUUUAUGAAUGAUGUGUAAUUAUGAAAUAAUAAUCUUUUUGUUAUUAUUAAUUAUAAAUAAAUAAAAUCAUAUUUAUUAUAAAUAUAAUGAUCAUCUGCGCAAUUAAAUCAAAACGUGAGGAUUGAGAUACCUAUAAAUUGGUGACACGUGAUUGUAACCAUUUUAAAUUUGGGAAUCUUAUGAAUAUUAUACAUAUUGAUUCAUUGGGGGAAAAUGGCCAUAUUUGUGUAUAAAAUGUUAGCUCGAUUCAUUUAAAAUCCACUAUUUCUAACCUGAUCUUGCCUUUGUACAUUUGUAAAUAUUUUUGUUUUUGUACUUCGUGUACCAUUGACAUGGUUUGAGAGAAAUAAACACUCA